GCGAAACCUUCCUGUUUUGCAAUUCGAUCGAGUCUUUUUUAUAAACUCAUCCAGUUAAAAGUUAUGAUAAUAGCUUAUACAAAGAUGUGUAAGACUUGUGUUCAGAAUCGUCAUUUUGCAUUCAACAGGUACUAAUCAUGUGAACACAACGUUUCGACAAUUGGGAACUGCGACACCAUAUGGUUGCAAUGACAAAUUAAAAUUGAUGAAACAAUGAAUAUGUUGAUGCUGGUAUUAUUUAUCAGAAGUGUUCACGUUGUAUAUUGUCACCGCUGUAAAAUCAUUGACGGCAGUUUCAAAAUAGCUGAUUGUCGUAAACUUCAUUUAAGGGAAAUUCCUCAAAAUCUGUCGGAAGACAUUGAUAUUUUGGAUCUUGGUGAAAACAACUUUGUUGAAAUUUCGAAUGAAUCCUUCAGCCGUUAUAGCAACUUAAAAGUUCUAAAAUUAGAUACAUGCAACAUUGAAAGUGUGCAGUCAGAAGCAUUUAAAGGUUUGUGGAAGCUUGAAAACUUAUCAUUAGCUAAUAAUUCUCUCAAUAUAUCAACCAAUGAUGGGUUAUUUAUUUUACGUAACAUACCAAACAUUAUUGACCUCGACUUUAGUUCAAAUAUGGAAUCGGCUGAUAAAAUGGGACAUUUGUUGUAUCCAGGAGCGGCAUUUCAACACUUGAAAAAGCUUCAAAACUUGACUAUAGAUUUGUAUGGAUAUCCCGUUUUUGGACCUGAAUUCAAGAAAUUACCAUUGAAGUAUAUCAAGUUCCAGAGCUGUCAUCUUCAAAAUUUAAGAAAUGACACAUUUAAAAAUUUUCCAGAUACUUUGUCAGAAAUACAUUUGUCGAAAUGUUUUUCUAUCAAUACUUCUCAAAUCGGAGUUAACGCAUUGCGACCGUUUAACUCGCUUUCUAUUCUUGACAUGUCUUGGACUUGUGUUACUCUACCGAAAGGGUUGGAAUUAUUGUAUCCACUAAGAAUGAGGACAAUGCAAGUGGUAAAUCUAUCACACAUGCUAAAUCCAAGAACAAACAGACUACUUUUGCCUCAUACCAUCAUCCUGACAAAGGAAAUGAUGAAACAUUUGAACACAAUGUGCGUUCAAAUUCUUAUCUUAGCUGAUAACAACAUUGUUGAUAUUCUUCCUCAGUCAUUGUUUGGUUCAGAUCAUCUCGAAUGCCUUGAAUAUAUCGAUUUAUCAGGCAAUCGUUUCGGUUUUUUUUCUAUCAAAAACGACCUUCCAUUUACUGUCUUUAGACUUUCACGUCUUCGAGUUUUCGAUUUUUCAUACUUGGCGUUAACAUAUUUGGAUGCAGUUUACAUGCCAGCAACAACCAGUGUUGAGCCAUAUCAUCCGCACAUCAAAUGGAAAAGGAAGCAUGACUAUUGUGAAGGUGAAACUUCCGUCAAUGUAACUUUUCCAUCAAAACUAGAAGUAUUGCGUAUAACCCAUGUUUUAGGAGCGCCUCCGCUUCCAAAGUUACUUAUUAUGAAUAAUAUAACUAGUUUACGGUACUUAGACAUGUCUUAUUAUGAUAUCAAAUGCUUUCCUGAUAUUUAUUUGUACAAUCAAGAGAUACAGUUGGAAUUUUUAGACAUCUCAGGAAUUGACUGUGAGCUUUACUUUAAGAAGAAAAACCUGCCGUUCUUCCCAGUGCUUAAGGAACUGUACAUAAGGGAUGCACAUUUCUAUCGUACUAUAGAUAAGAACAUUAAUAUAUUUACAAAUACUCCAAAUUUAGAGCGUUUGGAUUUACACUCUAACUAUAUGUUUACUUUUCCAUCAUCAUUCAUAAGGCAUUUGGACCAUCUAACUCACCUACGACUUUCAGAAAAUCGUCUGAGUCAUAUUCCAACUGCUAUUACAGAUCUGCCAAGACUAAAAUCGCUAGAUCUGAAAGGGAACCGAAUAUUUACUCUCUUCCCAGAGUUUACUUCAUGGCUUGAUGCCCAACAAGUAAAACUUGGAUAUUUUUCACUCAAGAUACAGAAAAAUGAUUUCUCUUGUUCGUGUGAACACAGAGAAUUUGUUCGAUGGUUGAAUAGUACCAUGGUACAUUUGGACAAUAAGACGUACUAUUGUCGAUUGAGCAAUGGAUCCUUCAGUAACACUGACACGGUUUUAAUGAAUUACCAUGCAAUUUUCGGUAAUUGCGAUGCUUUCGUUUGGUUACAAGUUGGUGUCAUACUUUUAGUAUCUUUCUUUAUGGUUCUUCUUCCUACUAUAGUAAUAUACAACUUCCGAUGGAGAAUCAUAUUUUUCUGCUACCGGAAGUUUCGAGGAAUUGUGGAGAACAGCUUGAAGUUGAAUUAUGAUUAUGACGUAUUCAUUUCUUAUGGAUACGAUGGAUAUACAUGGGUUCUUGAGACUUUAAUAGAGCAACUGGAAACAAAAUGGGGUUUCCGAGUAUGUGUAGAAGACAAGAAUUUCAUAAGUGGCAGAUCGACGUUUGAACAAAUAGGUAUUGCUAUAAACAGAAGUCGCCAAAUCAUUUUCGUCGUGACCUCCGAUUAUAUGUCUAAACCUUGUGCAGCGUAUGAAAUAGACCGGACAAAAGAAGCCAGGUCAUCACGUUCGCUACAGAAUAUAAUUGUUAUUGCCUUAGACAUAAACAUUGAAGACAUACCACGAGAAUUACAGGCACUAUGGAGUGAUGUUGUUGUUAUUGAAUGGCCUCGACAUUCGAAUGAAGUUAGUUUGGCUUUAGACAAUCUGAAAACCAGACUUCUGCUGAAUUUUUGAGACACCUCUGAUGAAAAUCUUCGUAUUUGCUAUAAAAGGAUAGAAUGAGCAAUGUUAACUAUUUUUUUUACUUUUCAUUUGUUAUUUUAUAUAACAAAAUAAAAGUGUUAGAAUUUAA